AUGGACGACCCUGGCAAAAAAAAAACGGAGUUCAACCUCGUCGUGAAAAACACUUUUCUGCACUUCACCACUUCGGAUGGAGCCAAGCAAAGGUCUUCCUCCUAUCCGCGUGGCAAGUGUGCACUCCCUGCGAUGCCGAGUUCGGAGAGCGCCAGGACCGGGCCAGCCCGUUCAUCUGAGAUGUGUGGGCAGACUUCGAUGGUGCUGCGCAACAUUCCCAAAAUUUUUACCCGAGACAUGUUGUGCAAUCUCCUGGAGGCACAUCGCUGCCUUGAGGAGGUGGAUUUCUUGUACCUCCCCAUUCGGCACAAGGAUGGCCGUUGCUUGGGGUACGCGUUCAUCAACUUCACCACGUCGGCAGCUGCCCUCGCGUUCCGCGGGCACUUCCACGACAUGCAUCUGCCUUGCUCUUUGGGGUCUUGCCCACAAGCUGGCGCUGGCCCAGCUGUGGCUCUGGCUGUGCAUGCAAACACACAGAUGCGAAGGCUGGAGGAUCUGCUUGCCAAGUAUACCGACAGCCCCAUCUUGCAUCCUUUUGUGCCGGAGUGGUUGAAGCCGAUCCUUCUGGAGAAUGGAAGGCGGGUCCCUUUCCCAUCGCCAACAAGGCUUGUGGAGCCCCCUGAGUGGGCGUGGUGGGUGCCACGACGCCAACCAGGUAUCUUGGGGACAGGGCUUAGGGUUUAG